CGAAGUUUUAAAAACGCGGACGAGCUGAUGAUUCCAUAGCUGCGCCGCGCGGUGCAUUCUGGUAGUAGUUGAAAGAUUCAAGAUGGCGGCGAGCAGGAGACUACACAAGGAGCUUGAAGAAAUCCGCAAAUCUGGAAUGAAAAACUUCCGUAACAUUCAAGUUGAUGAAUCAAACAUAUUGACAUGGCAAGGCCUCAUUGUUCCAGACAACCCUCCAUACGACAAAGGGGCAUUCAGGAUCGAGAUCAUCUUCCCUGCAGAAUACCCUUUCAAACCACCCAAGAUCACAUUCAAAACGAAGAUCUACCACCCCAACAUUGACGAGAAGGGACAGGUCUGCCUGCCUGUCAUUAGUGCAGAGAACUGGAAACCAGCCACCAAAACUGACCAAGUAAUUCAGUCGCUCAUUGCCCUGGUGAACGACCCACAGCCAGAACACCCUCUGAGGGCCGACCUAGCAGAAGAAUACUCAAAAGACCGUAAAAAAUUCUUUAAGAAUGCAGAAGAGUUUACAAAGAAACACGGCGAAAAGCGGCCAGUGGACUAACAAUACCAGACAAGUGUGUAGCCCCAGUCCCCUCCUACUCCUCUGAUCCUCUUCCCCCUCGCUCUACUACCUUCCUCCCGACACCCAAACGCCAUCCUCUAUCCCUCCCUCCCGCCCGCCUGCUUUCCCUCCUUCUCCUCUCCUUUCCACGUGUCACUCUAGUCGAGCUGGAGAAGUACAGCGCAGCUGCAGCCUCCGUCUUGAAGCAGGACGCCGCGAGGACAUCCGAUCUGAGUUUCUGGUGUUAGCUUGAGGCCCUUACUAACUUUCUACUAUGUUGUUUAUUUUUUUUUGUUUAUUUUUUUUUGAGUUGGAAAGCAUCAAAAUUUGGUUAGAGGAUAACUUAAGACAAAGAAGUUGGCAAUUGUACAGGGCGUUUGAGUAAUGAAUGCUGUUUGACCCUUUUGUAAUGAGAAAAUGAAUCAUUGCAUUAUUACACAAAACUUUCAAAAAAUACUUUUGGAAGUGACACUUCAUUUAACACAAAGAUGGAUUGUAAUUUAUCAUGUAUAUUGUUAUUAUUAUUAUUAUUAUUAUGUUGUUCCCUCUUCUUACAUUUGUGCUCUUUGAUUUGCGCAACACAAAAAAGGAGACAUUAAGGAGGAAUGCAGGUUACGCAGCUGGAGGAUUUCAGUGACGGCGACAGAUUAUUUCAUAUGACCUUUUUACUUUCACUGCACUUGAUGGGUUGCACGGUAUGUCUAAGGAACAGGCUACUUCCAGCCCUUUACCAAGCCUCGAAUCGGCAAAACCACUGUAAAGUCAGAAAAGAAAGCGGCUUAGGAGCCGAUAUUGCAUUGAAAUGCUUUUGUUUCACAAAUGAAAAAAGGAAGGAUGAAAACAACGCUCUUUGUGCGAGUCGACGUAAUUUUCCGUGAUGAUCGCUAAUUUUAAACAUCUCUUUUAACAUGUUUCAUAGGAAAUUCUUGUAUAUUGUUGAUUAUUUGGGUUCAAUCAUGGAAAUGGCCCCUAGAUUUACAGAGAUGUACGCUACUGAGAAAUAUUAUUAUUCCCAUUUUCUCCCGAAAAUAAACGCAGUAGUUGACCGUGAGUUUUCUAGAACAUUCUCUACAGUUUCUUUAAAGUAUUCCAUCUUGAGUGGAUUUUAAGCCACUCUUUAUAAUGUAAAAAAAGGUUCUUUAGGCUUUCAAUAAUAUUUGCUUGUGCAGAACGCCUCAAAUGGUUAAAAACUUUUCAUGCAAUAUCAGACUUGAAAAACGCUCCACAUUUGUGUACCAAAAUAAAAAAGGAAGACCAAGCAAUGUUAUAUCAAACAUUGGCUAAAUUUCCUAUUAAAAUUCAAUCCAACAGGCGUUCCCCAGUUUAAAAGCGCAUUAUGGAUUUGUGAUAAAUCAAAUCUGAACUUGAGCAUUUAGUGAUUGUUUAACCUGAAUAUAUUAACAUUAGUAAACAAUAUAUUUAUGAGGACUACUACUUCAACUCCAAACUGUUGCUUACAGCUUAUUCUGAAACGCCAUGAUGGCCUGAAUUUAACAUACAGGUUAUAAACAUGUUAACCCUAAUAUGUGACAAAAGGUUGAACUCACCAAAUAAAGGCUAUUUUGACCUA